CUGGCCCCGCCCCCUCCAGUACCUCGGCUCCCCGGCUACCCAGGAAGGCCGUGCGGGUGGCGAGCGCUGCUUUCGCUUUCCCUUCCCGGUACACACUCCGCUUCUCGUGCGGCGCUAGGCCCCCAGCCCCGGCCAUGGCCACGCUUAGGGUCCAGCCUGAAGCCCAAGCCAAGGUGGAUGUGUUCCGUGAAGACCUGUGUACCAAGACAGAGAACCUGCUGGGGAGCUACUUCCCCAAGAAGAUUUCUGAGUUGGAUGCAUUUUUAAAGGAGCCGGCUCUCAAUGAAGCCGACCUGAGCAAUCUGAAGGCCCCGUUGGACAUCCCAGUGCCUGAUCCAGUCAAGGAGAAAGAGAAAGAGGAACGGAAGAAACAGCAGGAGAAGGAAGACAAAGAUGAAAAGAAGAAAGGGGAAGACGAAGACAAAGGUCCUCCCUGUGGCCCAGUGAACUGCAAUGAGAAGAUCGUGGUCCUCCUUCAGCGUCUAAAGCCUGAGAUCAAGGAUGUCAUUGAGCAGCUCAACCUGGUCACCACCUGGUUGCAGCUGCAGAUACCUCGGAUUGAGGAUGGGAACAAUUUUGGAGUGGCUGUCCAGGAGAAGGUGUUUGAGCUGAUGACCACCCUUCACACCAAGCUGGAAGGCUUCCACACUCAAAUCUCCAAGUAUUUCUCUGAACGGGGCGAUGCUGUGACCAAAGCAGCCAAGCAGCCCCACGUGGGUGAUUAUCGGCAGCUGGUGCACGAGCUGGAUGAGGCAGAGUACCGAGACAUCCGGUUGAUGGUCAUGGAGAUCCGCAACGCUUAUGCUGUGUUAUAUGACAUCAUCUUGAAGAACUUCGAGAAGCUUAAGAAGCCCAGGGGAGAAACAAAAGGAAUGAUCUAUUGAGAACCUUCUCUCUUUCCGUAAUGGGUCCAGCAGAGACCUUCCUCUUUUACAGAGGACUCCAGACUUUCCCCAACUUCAGCCUGUUGAGGUUUCUCCCUCCCCUUGCCUCCCAGGCACAAUAAAUAGUCAUACUAUUGUCCUUCAA